AGAGGGAGAGAAAGAGAGAGAGAGAGGGAGGGAGUGAGAUGCAGUGAGGGGAGGAGGGUUGUCGGCUUUGUACAGCACUCGGACAGUCAGUUUUCAGCACUCAGAGAUGUGAAUCAACAGGACGUGGACCACCUCCUCUCCGCUGCGUGCCUCCUCUCUCUCUCCUUCUCACCUCCCCUCGGUCUCAAACAGUUCGCAUUCACCUCCCUUCCUCUGAGAGAAGCAGCUACUAAAUGAAUGACCACGAGGACUAUCGCUCCCCGGAUUCCCUCUCAAAGGAAAUGGAUUGCAAAAGAAUGUGAAAAAGAGAGAAGUCCUAUCUGGAAAGAGCAGAGCGUCGGCGAACUCUUCGUAAGGAAAGCAUCGCAGCGCCGCGGCGACGCGGGUUUUCCCGGGUUCCUCAUGGAAUCGAGCUGAGCCGCUCCGGACUGGGACCGUCGGGAUGAGCGGGAUGGACGUCCCGGCCGAGGCCUGGAACGGCUCGGUGCCGCAGAACGGGACCUUCCUCCGGGUCGCCCCCCCGACCUCCGCCGUCUCCGCCGCCGCCGCCGCGGACGCCUCGUCCGAGCGCCCCGAGAACGUCUACGUCUACGUCUCCAUCUUCCUCAGCCUGCUGGCCUUCCUCCUCACGCUGCUCGUCAUCGCCCUGCACAGGCUGAAGAACAUCAUCUCCUCCAGCUCCGCGUACCCAGAGUGCACCAGCGAGGGCGGGAGCUCCUUCACAAACAUGGAGAUCUGCAGCCUGUCCUCACAGAGGUCCACCGUGUCCUCUUUGUCCUCCUAAGUCGCCCGAACCUGACAAACUGUGUGUGUGUGUGUGUGAUUCCCUCUCUCCCUCCUUCUCACACUCACACAAAUAUAAUUAAAUAUGCGCAUGUUUAUUUCAUGAAAUACCAGGGCUACAGAGGCAGACACACACUCACAAACCUUAUAAUAUAAUGUAAAUAAAUACAACACAUCGACACGCACAAGCAAUAUGCGGACACAUGCUCGGUCUAUAAUACGCAUAAACACACUCCCACGGACACAUAAAAAUGCUUUAUCGCUCUUCCUCCCUUUCAUUCUCAUUUUCUCCUCCUCAUUUGCUCUCUCCCUCCUUCUCCCUCUCCCUCUCACUCACCCACCCACCCACCCACCCACACACACACACACACACACACACACACACACACACACACACACACACACACACACACACGCGCGCGCGCGGAACAGAAUGAGUAAAGGGCAGGGCCGCAGUCUGUAAUGGUUCUAAGCCCAUCUGAUAAAGGUUAACGGGCUCAUUCCGCUGUAGCAGGGUGAGCGCCGGGCGAUCUGCAUGCCUCAUAAGAGCCCCGCUGAAGGCUGGCGGGAAGUUCAUUAGCACGUUAGCGCCGCCGACCGCACUCUCUCUGGAGGCGCGGGGACGUUUGGGGGCGGAGCCGUGCCGGUCGGCGUGCCGCUCGAACCUCUGGGACUUAGCAUCACGGCGGUGUUAGCGCCAGGGAAGAACACAACAGGCUCGGAUUCUUCAUCUUUGCUGCCCCCACGCCCCCCCG